CUCUUCCAAAUCUCGCAACAGUGUAGGGAAAAAUGGAAAAUUUUGACAUUUGAAACCAUGGCGCUUCUUCGCCUUCGAUUCCCAAAUUAAAAAUUCCCGUUUAACGCCCAAAUCUCGUCUCUGUAGUUCUUCUGUCACUUCCCAGUACUAACUACCUCUUCCUCCUUUCUGUCUGUCUCCAAGACUACAACUAAUCUUAUCUUAUAGUCGUAUAAACAGUUGAUUUGCGGCUGGAUCUCAGCUCGGAAAUGGCGUAAACGUGUUUGUGCCGUUAAUUUCCCGGUUCAAGAAGCCUUUGGAGCAAAGAUUCUGGUUUACAUUCGUCAGUGGCAGCUGGGGAAUUUGGUUUCAAUGAGUUUUAGCUCUAAAAACCCUAUCUUUAGAAUUUGAGCGCGCUAUUCGUGACAGAGCACAUUAAAGCUGAUAGUUGCAGUGGAUUGAAGUUGGAUAUGGGGGUUCUGGUGAUAUUCAUUUCAUGCCCCGGGCCAGAUUGAACUUGUUGGGGGGAAAAAGCUGGGUUUUUGAGCUACGACUUUUGGGAGUUUUGAGCUCUAGGGUUUAAAUUCAGGCGUUCUUGUGAGAAUUAGAUAUUUCUUUGUAUAUAUGUACCGAUAGAGAAGCUGUUGAAGUUGUUGUUGUUGUAGAGUUCUUCAAUAGGGCAGUGAAUUAGAAAGAAAGACGAAAUGUUUUAUUCGCAGUUUAUCCUGGCAAAAAAGGGGCCUUUGGGAACCAUAUGGAUCGCUGCACAUUUGGAGAGGAAGCUCCGAAAGAAUCAGGUUGCUGAUACCGAUAUCGGCGACUCUGUAGACUCUAUUCUUUUUCCUGAUGUUCCUAUCGCUCUCCGUUUAUCUAGCCAUCUUUUGCUUGGCGUUGUGAGGAUAUACUCUAGAAAGGUGAACUACCUUUUUGAUGAUUGUAGCGAAGCUUUGCUCAAGGUAAAACAAGCUUUUCGCUCAACUGCUGUGGAUUUACCCCCGGAAGAAUCAAAGGCACCAUAUCACUCUAUCACAUUGCCAGAGACUUUUGAACUUGAUGAUUUUGAACUGCCUGACAAUGACAUUUUUCAAGGUAACUAUGUAGAUCAUCAUGUGAGUUCAAGGGAGCAGAUCACGCUACAAGAUACGAUGGAGGGUGUCACUUACUCCACUUCUAAAUUUGGUCUGGAUGAGAGGUUCGGUGACGGUGACACUUCAGGUUUGGACCUUGAUGAGGAAUUACUUUUGGACAAGUUUGCUGCUACAGGAGAUGCUGGUCCAAGUACUGAUCCUCAAGCAUCUGCUGAACCAAUGACUCCUCUGAAGCAAGAUGAACUUAAUGAUGCUUUGGCUGCAAACUCAGAGUGCAUGAUAGAUGGUGCUGAUGGAGAUGCUGAUUUUAUGGAGUAUGCUCAGGCCCCUGACACACCAGGAUUGGUGGAAGAGCCAAAUUUAUCUAAUGUUCAAGAGACCUCGGCAUGCGAUGAUCUUCUGGAACCAGAAUGUCAGCAUUUAACAGAAUCAGACAUGAAAGAAAAUUUGGGAAGUAUUUCUCAAGGACUUGAUGUUCAUGAUGGCAGUAGCCUUCAGGGGAAUUUGUCUUUGCACAGUGACACAAAUCCCAGUGGAGAUGUCCCUUCUGAGGAGAAUGGUUUCCAUUCAGGACAUGGGCAAUUUCCACCUCCUGGAAUCUCAAAUUAUUGUGCAUCAUCUGAUGAUAAUACUUUAGCAUCUGGAACACCUUCUGUUCCUGUUGAUACAGUUAAUGCUGUCAACUCAUCUGUGUUGGAAUUAACUGAUAAGAAUCAUAAGACUAUUAAUGCAUCUGAUGAUCUACAAAGAGAGGAGCACUUGCAGAAUGGGAUUUUCAAUCAUGAAAAGGUUGAUGUUUCUUCUGAUGGUGGCUUUCAUGAAGAUGGUCCAAUACCCAAUGGUAUUAGUAUGGAAGAAAGUGCUCCUGGUUUGACAAGUGUUGACCUUUCAGUUUCAGAAAAUAUUCUGCAAAGUGAUCAGACAUCACUUAAUGUACAGGAAUCUAUAACUUGUCAGGAACAAAUUAAGUCCAGUGAUUUAACAUCUUCUGAAAUUCACAUUCUUAAAUCAUGUGACACUCAGGUGAGCCAGGCCAAUGCUUCAAUACCAUGUCAUGAUCCAGUUCUCGAGUCCAGGUUGCCAUCUGAUGUUUCUGGUCUCUGUGCUCCCGAAACUUGUAGAGAGGAGACAUCAUGUGCUUCUGUGCCAUCCACAACUUUCAGAGGUGAAGUGUGCCAUUCAACUGAUAAUGUAGAACAAAUCUCUGAGGACAAUCACAUGAAAAUACCUUCUUCAUGUGAAGACAAUCAUGCAGUUUGUCUUACAUCAAAUGAUCAAGUGGAGAAUCUGUGCAGCUCUGCUCAUGAUCUGGCAGCCCCUGAGAAAUUGCUUUCAGUGCCAGGAGGGCUUGUUGAUUUAUCUAGAAGUGUUCUAGAGGAGGCUACACCAGGGGAGUUGACCAAGGUCAAUGAAAGUGACGCUGCUGAAUCUAAUAAUCUCUUUUCAGGACGAAAACGUAGUUACACUGAAAGCACUUUAACAGAGCAAAGUCUAAACUCGUUUGAAUCAUCAAGGAUGGCCCAUUCCAUUAGAACCACAGGAUUUAUUCCUGAUGAUGAUGAUUUGUUGUCUUCCAUACUAGCCGGGAAAAGAUCUUCAGCUCUGAAACUCAAGCCUACUCCACCUUGUGAGAUUACAUCUAGCAAACGUCCACGCAUUGCUCCUCGGGCUAGUACUUCUAAGAGGAAGGUGCUUAUGGAUGACAACAUGGUCUUGCAUGGCGAUACUAUAAGGCAGCAACUGACAAAUACUGAAGACAUACGUCGUGUACGCAAGAGAGCUCCUUGUACAUGUCAAGAAAUUUCUGUGAUCCAGAAACAGCUAUUGGAAGAUGAUGUUUUCAGUGAGCCAGUACUAACUGGUGUCUCAGUGAAGUUGGUAUGCUUGAACAAGCAAUCAUUUGAUCUGACAGGAAUCAAGGUGUUACAAAAUGAUGUAACUGGUACAUCUUUCGAAAAUGUAACUGACAAGGAAACGUCUGUAAAUGAUGGAAAUAGUGAGAACUUGGAAGGAAUCAAAGUGUUACAAAAUGAUGUAACUGGUACAUCUUUCGAAAAUGUAACUGACAAGGAAACGUCUGUAAAUGAUGGAAAUAGUGAGAACUUGGACAUACAAAUUACUAACAAGUUAAAUGGGCCAGAAGUCACAACAGAAAACUGGACUGAAGGCAGUGACAAACCUUUUGAAAUAGGAGAUGGUUGUAAUGUAGAAGCUGUUCUUGCUAGAGACAAGCAGGUUGAAAGCUAUGACCUAGAUUUAGAUAAUAAUGAUGCCACCCAAAUGCUAAUGGGUACCAAAGCUAGUGUAGCAGAAGCUCAUACCACUCAAGUUGAGCUGUCAGAAAAUGCAGUUGCAACAGGCAAUGAGGAAACAAACAUUUCACUUGCUGGUGCAGCAAAUUCUGCUUCUUCAGCUGGAGUAUGUUUGCCAUUCCCCAGUGGUGAUGCUUUAGGCAAUGGAAACAAUGAGUCGACUGGCCUUCUUAUUACAGAUUCUUGUGAUGAGUCGAAAGAGAUGGAUGCUCCUGUGCUUAUAGAUGCAUCUCUGGCAUCAACUGAUCAUGUAAUGAGUGGUCAAGAUGUCACAAUGAUGGAUUUGAGCAAUGAUAAACUACUCAGUGCUAUUGAUUUUCCAGAACAGAACACUGUUGAUAAUGUAGAAAUUGAAAGUGAACCUAGAAUAGGGGGCAGACCACUGUCAGAAACUGCCCAAGUUGAUCCUGCAGUUGAAGUGACAACUAAUGUAGAAUAUGACUCUCAAAACUUGACUAGUAAUGAUAUUUGGGGUGAACUGCCAACAGUAGACUCAUUAUAUUCAGCAGAUGAUCACAUGACUCUGCUAGAUGCUACCAUAGAUGCUGGAGGAGUUCCUUCUCAACAGGAAACUUAUCUUCAAAGCAUGUUUGAUGUGGAAGCCUCUGGUGUUGAGGUGCGUGAUCCAAAUGUUUCAGAUUAUACAGCUGCUAUGAAUGACACAGAGUUCCUAAAUGUUGAUGAUGAUGAGGACGAAACUGAAGCAGCUGAUGACUAUAUUCCUGAUUCUGAAGGAACUCGUUUCGCUGAUAACAGUGGAUGGUCUACCCGUACUAGAGCUGUCGCGAAGUUUCUCCAGACUGUUCUUACAAAGGAAGCAGAAUAUGGAAGGAACGCUCUUUCAAUGGAUAGUCUUCUGGUUGGUAAAAAACGCAAGGAGGCAUCAAGGAUGUUUUUUGAAGCUUUGGUUCUUAAAACGAAAGAUUACAUCCAUGUAGAGCAGGUGAUUCCCUUUGACAAUAUUACUAUACAGCCUCGAAUGCCGCUCAUGAAAUCAGAUUUCUGAAUCUGAUGUUGGAAUAGGAAAAAGCAUAUAAAGUAGGAAAGCGUUUCACAUACAUGGUAGCUUUUCUUUUUGUUCAUUUCUUUUUCGAGUUAAAUUGUGUAGAAGAGUAGCUAAUAUAAUACAGAUGAUAAUGGCACUUGGUUGUAACAUGUACUUUAUUUAUAUAUAAGGUCUAUGUAUAUAGCCUCUAAAAGUUCAGUGUUUUCUGCA